AUGGAAUGGAAACUAUAUUAUACGCUAUAUUUAUUAAUAAUAAAAAUUUUUUACAUUGAAGCUGCAAAAAAGGAGACACUUAUUUUUGUAACAUCUGUUUGGAGACAUGGAGAUCGAUCUCCAACAAAAUUGAUUUAUAAAAAUGAUAUUCAUACAGAAGAUACAUGGGAAAAUGGAUGGGGACAAUUAACAGAAAAAGGAAAAACCCAAUUAAUGCAUCUUGGGCAAUGGUUUAAAAAAAGAUAUGUUAACACCUUUGUUAAUGAAACAUACAAAAGUAAAGAAGUCUAUAUAAUGUCUUCAGAUUCAGAAAGAGCACUUACUAGUGCUCAAGCUUUCGCUUUUGGAAUGUACCCAAAACUUGAAAAUGUAUUUUCAGAAUUACCAGCACAAGUAGUUCCAAUACAUGCACCAAGUUAUGAAUCUAAUGAUCCAUUACUUAAAGGUUAUAAAUACAAAUGUCCAUGCUAUGAUAAAAAAUUAAAAAGAAUUAACAAUGAUUUAUACAAUAAUUUGAAAACUAAAUACAGUGAUGUUUUUCCAUUUUUAAAAACUGUCACUAAUUCUAAGGAUGAUUUACCAUUAAAAAAGGUUGGAGAUAUAUGCAAUGUAGAAACUGAAAUUGCUUAUAAUAUGGUUCAACCAGAUUGGAUGUUUCAAACAUGGAAUCAAUAUAAGAAUAAGACAACUUUUGAUAUUGUUUGUGAAAUUAAAGACAAUUUUCGAUUAUCUGAUUUUAAAAAUUUAGAAUUGGGAAAACUACGUGGUGGUUUGUUAUUGAAUGUUUGGCUUAAAAAUAUGAAACAAAUUAUAGAAAAUCCAAAUGAACCACAUAAAAAAAUGAUUUUAUAUUCAGCACAUGCAGAAACAUUACUACCCCUUAUGUCAUCUCUUCGUAUGCAUCCUAAUGAAUUUGUUCCAUACGCAACUGCAUUAGUUUUAGAAUUAUAUAAGUAUAAAGAUGAGCAUUUUGUUAGAUUAUUUUAUAAAGUUAAUUCUCAUUCUGUCAAAUAUUUAGAAAUUCCAAAAUGCAAAAGUUUAUGUAGAUUUUCAACCUUCUAUAAAUUAUAUUAUGAUAAAUCAUAUAGUUCGGUAGAGUUAUUGAACAAAGAAUGUUAUUCAGAAUCUUGUAAUUGA